AUGGCAAGCCCAAGUCCCUCGAUUGAUACCACGAUCUCGCUUAUGAGAGCCAUUGACGGUAGUCACCUUAGGUGGUCCGACUUCCGCACAGUUGUCCUUGGAGCUUUUCGGAUAAGUCUUGGUGACUCACUCCAGCUGUCAGAGCUAUCAAGACCAUUUGCCGAUCGGCUGAAGAUAUCGCUGCAAAAUCUAGAUCGUUUCUCUCCCCAGCAAAGACAGUGGCGAAGCCAAAUCGAAAAUGGCAAGGCGUUUGGACCUACCAUGUUGUUCCCUCCCAAUGUACUUCCACCCAUCAGUGUUCACCCAGCCUUGCACAGAUGCUUGACGCCCAAACUGAGUAGGGAAGCACUUCCCCCUCGUGCAGUCAGGGCUAGGGAAAGCUUGUUCGAACUGCCUGCACCCCGCCCAAGCAUGCUCACCGGCUUUUCCACUUCGGCUUUCAAUGACCGCGAGCUUUCUAUCCUCCCGAAUUGCGCUUCCGCAACCGGCACGAUCGUGGACUUUUCGGCUGGCUGCGUCACUCCUGGAACCACAACCUACUGCCCUUUCCUUGUCUUUGAGCGCAUGAGAGUUGUGUCGGAUGACAAUAUCCAAGCUGCCAGAAAUCAAUGUGCUAUUGCUGGAGCUCACUGUGUUCGGGCACUGCAACUCUUGUUCAAAAGAUGCUGCGGUUCCCGACCGGCAUUGGACAAACCCAUCGCUUUCUCCUGUGCUAUCGACAACUCUACUGCAUUGAUAAACUAUCACUCCACGGAUGCGGAUGGACGAUAUUUUCUGUCGGAGAUUUCUCGUUUCAAUCUAGAUGAUGACAACAGCUUCAAUGAGUUUCAAGGCUGGAUCGAAGCUAUCGAGGAAUGGGGAUCGACAUACCUUCUCCCAGUCAUCAAAGUCGCCUUGAAACAAGUCCUGAAAGGCACUUUCACGCCUCCGAUAUCACCAAUGCCCUCCCUAACACUCUCUAUUGAUACGGCAGCUGGAGGCGAGGAGAUUCUGAUGAAGAUUCUUCGUUCUACAUUCGGUUCCAUUAAAUGGAGAUGUGAAGGCGAAUAUGAGACUCCACUAAAUAGCAGUAUUGCGCAUUGUGGGACUCCUUUUGGUGCUCGGAAGAUCAGGACAAUGGCCCUGUCCCCAACAGAAUCUCUCGAGCUGAUGAGCGGUGUUUCGGGCAGGAGUGGCCACUUCUCUGGUUGGAGAAUGAAGCCCGAUCAUAGCGCUACAAGAUCACCUAUCUCACGAAAACACCACCCACUCUCACCGCUACAACUCAAAUACGACUUUCCAGAGUCACCAGUCCGUCGUGCAACCCUUUCCCCCUGCACACCACCUCCUGAGGCUCCAUGGACAGCCAAGUCGCCAAUGCUCGUUCUUCAACGAAGGAUGGACCUUGCCAUGGAUGAGAUACAGGAGCUUAGGACACUCGUUCAGACACUUCAGAAGCAACUUGUGGCAAAGAAUAUGCAACCUGAACCUGAACGAACAGACAGCCGACAACGGCACCACUCGGAUUCGGACAUGAUCAUGACCCCCACUGCACCAACUCUGACCAGCCCCAUCGGCUGGGAGGAGUCAUUGGACCGAGCUUUUGCCGUUCAGGCAUUUGAGAAAUCAAAUAGACAAGAGCCGGAGUCCCUCCAAACUCUUUUCCUUCCCGCCGCAUAUGUCUUCUUCUUCCUCUCGUCAUGGGUCUUGGGUGAUGGCCUACUUCUACCAGUAAUGAAUGUGAUGUCUAUGUUUUGCACAUGGCCAUUUGCUGUUUUCUUGUUUGAACUAGCAGGUCAGCUCGUAUAG